AUGAUGUUAGCUCAUAAACAAGUAGCAGAAUGUAAUUAUGAAAAUGCUUUAAAAACAGCUUUAGUUGCAUCAACAUAUACAGAAUAUCUUAAUCCAGUAGAAGUUAAUUCUCUUUUAGCUCUUGUAUCUUGUUUAUCAAAAAAGUUUUAUAUUGCAUGUAAAGCUUUCAUGAAACUUGAUAGUUUAUAUGGUAUAACAAAUGAAGAAAAGGAUACAUUUAAUAAAUUAGCAACAUCAAUUUUUGUUAAAAAUCCUCCAAAAGAUGUUAAUGUAUAUACAGUAGCUUGUAUUAAUUGUGAUAAAACUGUUCCUGAUUAUUGUUUACAAUGCCCACAUUGUGAUAUAAAAUAUAAUAUAUGUAUUGCUAGUGGAAGACCAAUUAUUUCUGAUACAUUUUGGUUAUGUUUAAAAUGUAAAAGAAAAGGAUGGGAAGAUGAAAUGGUUAAUUGGGAUCAUUGUCCUUUAUGUCAUUAUACUAUAGAAAAACACGUUUAA